UCCGCCUCCAUGGUCUCGAUGAAUGAUAGGUGAGGUGAGGUCGUGCCGCACCGAGCCCUAAGACAAAGGAUUACUUUUUUUCCUCCCCGAUCUCUUCUCUCUCUCUCUCUCUCUCUCUCUCCUUUACCAACCAUUCUCAUCGUAAAGUCCGAUCUCCUCGUCGCCUCUCGUCCUCUCUCUGUCGGCGAUGUCUAAGAGGAUUCUUUGCAAGUUCUUUCUGCAUGGAGCAUGCUUAAAGGGGGAGUACUGUGAGUUUUCCCAUGAUUGGCAAGAUCAGCCCAAUAAUAUAUGCACCUUCUACCAAAAAGGAGUGUGCUCUUAUGGUAAUCGAUGCAGAUAUGACCAUGUUAAAGUUUCUCGACAACAAACAUCACGACUAUCAUCGUUAAACACUGCUUCUCAUGUAACAUCAGAUUUUCAUCAAGUUACUCUCCCUGCUGUAGUUUCUUUGACAAGAGAAUAUAAUCCAGAACCAAGCACAUCUGUAGAUGUGUCAGCAAUGAGCCUGGCUCAUACAUUGCCGUGUAAACCUGCCUGGACAAAAGCUUUUGAAGUUGAUACUUCUUUAAACGAUGAGAGUGGCCCUUGUCCUACAUAUGUUAGCCCUGCUGACCAACCAAUCUGCGGUCCUACAUAUGUUAGCCCUGCUGACCAACCAAUCUGCAGUCCUACAUAUGUUAGCCCUGCUGACCAACCAAUCUGCUCUUUUGCUGCUUCUGGUAAAUGUCCUCGUGGAGAUAGAUGUCCUCACAUUCAUGGUGAUUUGUGCUCCAUUUGUGGAAAGCAUUGCUUACACCCAUUCCGUCCUGAUGAAAGAGAGGAACACAUAAAGAUGUGUCAUAAAAAUAACAAGCACCUUGAAGCUUUGAAAUGCAGUCAGGAGAUAGAAUGCAGUGUUUGUCUUGAACAUGUACUUUCUAAACCCACCGCAGCUGAACGGAAGUUUGGGUUGCUUUCAGAGUGUGAUCACCCAUUCUGCAUUUCUUGUAUUCGAAAUUGGCGUAGCAAUUCUCCAGCAUCGGGCAUGGAUGUCAACAGUGCAUUAAGGGCCUGCCCAAUAUGUCGAAAGCUAUCAUACUUCGUCAUCCCCAGUGUCAUUUGGUAUUCCACAAAGGAGGAGAAACAAGAGAUAGUUGAUAGCUACAAAAUCAAGCUCAAGUCAAUUGAUUGCAAAUAUUUUGACUUUGGAAAUGGGACUUGCCCAUUUGGGACUAGUUGUUUCUACAAGCAUGCUUAUAGAGAUGGUCGUCUAGAAGAAGUGGUACUACGCCAUCUAGAUACUGAAGAUGGAAGCACCGUUAUUGCCAAAGAUAUUAGGCUUUCCGACUUUUUCAAUGGAUUGCAUCUCUAGGAUUAUAUUGCUUGUCUCUAAUAAAAUGAAAUAUUUAUGGCCAAGCAAGGUCAUUUUACUGCCCCGGUUCCUCCCUCUGCGCUGAAAUAGAUGUCAAAAUGCUAUCAGAGAAAACUUUCAAGGUGCAGAUUUGUCUCUGGUUUUGAAGGAGGAUGAUACUAGUAUGAGGAACAUCAUUUUGCUUGGCCUAAAUGUCGGUUGGAAUUUGUGUUUGCACAAGUACGAACAUUAAGUACAAUACAGAAAAGGAAAAGACUUGUAUCAUCGUCAUCAUAUUUGUUUCUGACAGAAUAGUGCAUAUUGAAAAUUUGCCGUUCUGUAAUUACAUUCAACUUUGUUGGCAAUCGAAUGGCUGUGUUUAGAAAA